AGCAGUCGCGCUUCUAUUCCGACGUUCAGCGUCAGCAUUUUCAUCAAAGUUCUUCAUCUUAUGGAUGGUGUUGAUCUUGAGACAUUUUCAUCCAGUCGUUCCCUUGGAGUAGCGGCGACAAUGCGGGUCAUAGCGGUACUAUUUCUCCGAUAACAUGAUGGAUGUGGCAAAUAUUUCUGAAUUUCAAUGGUUCAUUCCUGAUUGCCAUGACUACUCUCGCCAGUGUCGUUGAACAUGCGGUGGAACUCCAAACCUUCGUUAUGGUUGGACAAGAUGAACUUAGAAUGCGAGGUUUGCUUAAGCAAGGCACGAAGCCCAACGAUAUUGACAAGAUCAACGACGCCAUCAGGGACUACGUUGAAAAGAGGAUGGAACUGGAAUCAAAUAGAUCAUCGGUGCAAUGGGACUUGGUUACUGCUGCUCAGAACACAGUCACAGAGGCAGUACAAUGCUUACACUCAGUUCGCGUUGUGGAGGGACAUGUGCUCUGGGAUGCGCCUCCUCCCAAAGUCGUACAAAUCCAAACUCCUAGCGCCAGUACAGACAUACAAAUUGUUCAAAACACUGAACCCGGCAUGGGGAAGAGAUCGUCAACAGGAUCUACUCCGACAGGAAGCAUGAAGAAUGGGCAAAGUACCAGAUCCAAGGCGGUGAGAAGACAGACGACGACGUCUAUGGCGGCCUCUCAUACAUUGGGGAUUGGUACUUGUGCGUCAACACCAAAACCGCCACCAAAACCACAGGAACUGCCGGGAGUGUUGUCGAAUGCUGUACCGCUACGCUUUGGCCCUCCUAAAGUCAGAAAGAAAGCGAACGAGGAUGACUUAUGGAAGAAGUUUUCAUUGAACGCUACCCCAUCAGAACAGCCGUCUGUCGAAUGGCUUACCCAAUUACGAGACUUAGUCGUUGACUUGGGCCCAGCUAACAAGGACAAGGUUAUAUCAAAAAUCGGGCUUGAACUUUGGUGCCAACUGGUUUUCUUGAACGUACACCGUGGUAACUCUCGCACGUUAUCAAAGACCAAAGUAUCAAAAGUCGACAUUUCCACUUGGGACUUGAUUCCUACAGAAGCAAACAUGCCUUGCAAAACUUGCAGUCAUAAAGUCGCCUGUCAUUGGCCAAACUCGGAGGACCAUUCGAAAUGUCGGGAGUGCCAUCUGCAAGCCAAACGGUGCACGUUUAGUGGCAAUAGUAUGAAAAGGGGGCGAAAACGAAAACGCAGCUCCGAGUCUCCUUCGACCUCACGAAGGCGCGUCAAAGUAGAUUUAGAAGCGGAUGAAGACGACGAGGUCGAUUCACAGGAUGAAAUGCUAGAUCCGCCUGCCGAAGCUUUGAACACGUUGACACGACCUAGACCCACAUUAACCCUGCAGAAGAUGGACUCACUGAAAACUCCAGCGACGAGAUCGAGUACAUCGAAAUUGUUGUACCCUACCAAAGUCACUCCUCAUCAGAACUUGGGUUCGGCUGAGCGGAUAGCACAGUUGACACCCAGAAUCACGCUUUCCCCUCGCCCGUCAUCAUCUUCCUUAAACCCUGAAAUGCCGACACCGUUCUCAGAAAUCCAACAAACGAGGUCAGAUAAAUCACCACCUGUAAUCAUGCCCCCUGUUCCUCUAAACGAAAGAGGCGACGAUACGACAAUAGGAAAUGAAUCUAUAAUCACCUGUCCUAUGCUCUCUGUACCUGCCAGCAGAUCCUUGACCAUACACGAUUCAAGAUCACCAACCCCAACCGCAGAUGACCCCUCAAAAAACACAUUUCCGACACUCGCAAACGAAUUUUUCCACUCUGGAAAGACCAAUAUGAGCCCUACGCGACCUCAUGGUCGUCCAGGCCACGAUGAAUAUGACAGGCUGUUGGAGGAAAUCAAAGAUUGGGACGCCGAUACAUGCAAAAGACACUUAGCAAGGGUGAUGGCUGAUCUUCAUUGCGCCAUCGGUAACACACGGGAAUUGCAGAAGCAAUUAAAUGAGUUGUUGAAGAAAGACGAAGCAUUGUUGGCAUUCGUACUAGAGAUCGACGCCGCACACCAAAAGGCACUAAAGGAACUGACGCAACUAAGAUCCAAUAGACAAUCAUAGUGUAUCAUGUAUUAAAUUAAAAUACAAUCAGACGUAGCAGGCUUUGCCCCUCAGCGGGCCCUACAGGAGUUAU